GAGUGGAAGUUUCAUCGCUAUCAAGGCAACUUUACAUUGGCUGAGAGGAUUUUGUUUGAAGUGGUUUUUUAAUUAGGAAAAUACUGCAAUUAGUGUUAAACAUAGCUUUGUUUACACGUGAAAACAGAAGUACUGUAGUUUCUGGAGAAGGGGUCUUAACUUUCUUCUGUGCACAUUUUUGUGAGGUUAAGGAGUAACAUCUCCGGGGUCUUCGGGCAUAAAAUGAGUUACAGUGAUAUGGAAGAUUCAGUUAGCGGGAUACAAAAAAAAAAUAAUAAAGAAGAUUAGAAAAAUAACAGAGAGUAUGGCCACUAGCAAUCAGACUUCGCGCCAAUCUGGAACUUCUAUCUUUGGCGCUACUAAGCCAUCAGGCUUCGGCUUUGGAGGAACUCAGCCUCAAACAUCAAUUUUCGGCCAGGCAAGCACUUCCAAUGCCACUGGAACGAGUUUCUUUGGCCAGCAGACAACUGGCAAUAGCUCAAUCUUUGGCGCUACUGCGACUCCGGCUUUUGGGGUAGCUGCUCCAGGAGCCGGAGGUACAGCUCUGGCCAAGUAUCAACCGUCAAUUGGGACGGAUACACUGAUGAAGAAUGGACAACUGAGUAGCGUUUCCACGAAACAGCACUGCAUUACGGCCAUGAAGGAGUACGAGGAGAAGUCGCUGGAAGAGCUACGAAUGGAGGAUUAUGUGGCAAGUAGGAAGGGACCUCAGGCUGGAGCAGUCGGUGGGAUUUUUGGCAAUCAAGCUCCAGCGAGUAAUUUGUUUGGGGCUCCGGCUAAGCAACAAACAACCGGGCUCUUUGGGCAGCAGCCUGAAAACAAAGGAUUGUUCGGGAAUACAAAUACCAUGGCAGGAUUUGGGCAGGCCAGCGCCUUUGGGGCGACUACGAGUCAACCAUCAGCUGGAGGGCUGUUCAAUAAACCUUUUGCCGCACCAACAACUAGCACUUCCAAUUUUGGCUUCGGGAAUACGGCUAACAAUGCCAGUACCAAUAUGUUUGGGGCGAAGCCUUUUGGGGCUCCGGCAACGGGAAGUGUUUUUGGGGCAGGACAGACAAAUACAGCUGCUCCAUCGGCCUUUGGGCAGCCCAACACGGGCUUUGGAGGCUUCGGACAGCCAAAUGCCAAUCAGAACACGUCACUCUUUGGCGGGACUCAGGAUAAACCGGCUUUUGGGAUGGCAGCAACGUCUACGGGAUUUGGAUUUGGCACGAACACCAAUACAAUGUCCGGAGGGAGUUUGUUUCAGCCGAAGCCAACAACGGGUUUUGGAGCUACGAGCGGAGGCUUUGGGACGACAACGUCAAUGGCACCGGGAUUUGGAGGUUUUGGCCAGACGAAUCCUGGUGGAUCGUUGUUCAAUUCGUCUUUCAAUAAGCCCGCUACGAGUGGCUUUGGAAGUUUUGGGAAUCCCACAGUUAGUAGCCAACCUCUUGGAUUGGGAACGUCAACAGUUGGAGGUGGACUAUUUGGAGGAGCGGCUAAUAAGCCAGGAGGAUUCUUCGGAGGAGGAACGGGGACUGGGACAGGAGGAGGACUCUUCAACAAUUCCCUGUCUUUUGGUUACAAUAAUUCUCUGAUGGGAGGUUUGAAUUCUUUGAAUCAGAGUAGCCUGGGAAUGCGAGGAUCUCCAGGAUUGGGACAGAAUCAACAGGAUACUGUUCCUGUACGUGAGCAGAUUCUCGCACUAACUACAGCUUGUUACUUAUCUCUUCAAUUAGUGAUAGAAACACUUAACAAUUUCUCUUUUUAAUGAAGUCAUGUAAACCUUUCUUACAAAGGAAAAACAGUAAAAGAAAACUUGAUUUGAAGUUAAUUCCUGAAUGAAAGGAGAAUAUCUUAAAUAUUCUAAUUUUUGCAAUAAAGAAGAAAGGUUUCACUAUUAAAAUUA